AUGACUGUGCAGCAGGUUUGCCAGAUAUUGCAGCCCGGUGUGAAGGGCCUGCUGUCUCAAGUUCAGGCGGUUAAUCUCGUUCUGAGCCUGAUCAUUCUUGCCACUGAUCCAAUUGACCAGGAUACACUGCGAUUUUUUGUACGAUUUUUCACACCGUCAGACUACAAUGACCUUUUAGAGGAAAGAAGAGUAUUGUCUCGUUGCGGCUACCCCAUCUGUACUAAUAGGUUGACAGACUGCCAUGGUCAUGUUCGCAAAGACCAGAGCCUAGCUGUGAAUCCAUGGAGUCGCAGCUUCUGUUCCCGCCAUUGCUUCCAGGCGAGUGCAUUCUAUCAGCAGCAACUACCCAACGAAGCGCUGGUCACACGCAAGGACAUUGUGUGGAAACCGUUUGGCGAGAUGCCUUACGAAGCAAACGUACUUUUGUUGGAAGAGGUGCAACAAAUAGCCAGGGCAGAGCGAAAGCCUGUGUCUGUUGUUGUUCGUGACUUGCUACUUCAGCAGCAGGAUGUCGAAAACGAGUUCGCUGCUCUACAUAUAAACGAGAAGGAACUGGACGCACUGGAUUUGGGAGAUGCCCUAACUAAGAUAAAAAUAUCUGAGAACAAAACUCCCGUCCCGCCAUAG